AUCUCAAAACGGGCUCACGCCAGGAGAAAGGAGAAGCCGCAUCCCCGCCUUCGGCGGACAAAAGGGAGCCCGCACUGCAAGAAGACCUUCCAUUGAGCAGGAAAAGGCUACAUCUCCCAUCAGACUUUGGGGGAAAGACUGCCCUUCGCAUCUCCUUCGCCCCUCCCACUGGCCGAGGACUUGCCCGAGCAUGCAGCUUUCAGUUUCUCUAGAGAGCGAGCGUGACGGGAGUUGAAGCGUUGGUCCUUCUGCGCCUGGAGAAUCGCGGGGAGCCAUGACUGAACCUCUGGACUUCUACCAAACGUUUGUUUUCCUUGAUAUUGAGUCCACCGGGUUGCCCAGAGACCAACCGCGCAUAGCGGAGCUGUGCCUCUUUGCUGUUCACCAAUCUUCCCUGCAGCCCUCUCCACAGACAAAAGGACCCCAGCUGCCUCGCAUCAUAGACAAGCUGAUCCUCUGCAUCGACCCCCAGAAACCCUUUACUCUGUGCGCACAGGCUAUAACUGGGCUCAGCAACCAAAAUCUAGAAGAGAACUGUAAGCAGGAAACCAACCGUUCUUUGAUGGAGACCCUGAAAGGGUUUUUAGACCGGCAAGCUCAACCCAUUUGCUUAGUGGCCCACAAUGGUCUCCGCUUCGACUUUCCUCUGCUACGUAAAGAACUGUGGCAAAUAGGCACCGACCUGCCUGCAAAUACAGGAUGCCUUGACACAUUGCAGGCUUUGAAGGAUGUACUUAGAGUGCCAUACCUGAGCUAUAAGCUGGGAAAUCUGUACCAGUAUUUCUACAGAGAGGAACCAUCCAGAGCCCACACAGCUGAAGGAGAUGUGCUUACUCUUCUCCUCGUGUUUCUUGCUAAGGCCCUUGAGCUGAAAGCUUGGGCAGCCCAUCAGGCCCAGAAGUGGGAGGAGAUUCAACCUAUGGAUUUUCCUCACUCAAACAGGAUCUGAUCUCUGGAAAAAAUAACACCCUAUCUCUACUUGUCUUCCGUUAUACUGAACCAUAUUUUUUUUUAAAUUGUGGUUUGUUGAUUAAACCAUAAUUUAUAAGCUUGUUCUUGACCAACCAAGCUCUUUUUCUUUCCUGGAUGUAGAAAACCACAGCAACAACCACAGAGAAGAUAUGCAGUGGCAGUUAGCAAAACAUGAUUCAAACCUGGAACAGGAAGGGAAUACUAGAAAGAAACUCAAUGUGGUUCUGCCUAAACUUUAUUUGAUAUAAGAGGAAGGGAAACAGGGAAGGAAAAUGCAAUUAACUUUCAGGAUUCUAUUACUAAUACCUACCGGUAUAUCAAUAAAUUAGAGUGCCAAUAAAUCUUGUAGGUUCUUCUUCCUGACGUGGACUUGAAGAGGGUGACACUUGGGAUCAUGUGGCAACUAUCUGAUCCUUGGGAGAAGAUCCUGCUUUAAUAAAUAGCCAACACAUGCUGUGUCAGGUCUCAAUGAAUUUUUCCUCUUCAAAUCUGAAAUGCCACAUGAUCCUAGAAAUUCCUUUUCAUUUGCACAUUUAAGGAAUUUGUCUAAUUCUACUUCAGAUUUUCAUCAUUAUUUUUGAGCAUAAUGUACACAGUUGCUAUAAGGCUAAAAUUUAAAGAUGCAUGUUUUAGUUUCUUAGCCAACUUUUCCUAUUUUAAAGGAAAGGGAUUCUCCUGAAGAUAUGGAUUUAAACCUACUUUGAGACAGAUCUGGAUUUUGGAAAUAUUUGGAAGGGAACUUCAGGAAUCCUUUCUAUGUGCUCUAAAGGAAAAUGAAUUAUUGGUGAUAAGAAGACCAAGCUUUUGAUAACAAAUUUGCCACUAGGAAUUCCAUAAUUUAUUUAAGCUAUCUUAAAUUGGGGUAAAAGUUAUUAUGGAGAAUUAAAUUUGAAAAGUGUGUGAGUUAACAGUAUUUCCACUAAAGAUCCUCAAAUUUUGAAGAUUUGGAUUGCUUAUAUUUGCUCUGGAUACAAAUGCCAACUUUCCCACUCCCCCUAAUGUAUCUUGAAGUAAGGUUUGUUAAUGUAAGUGCCUGUUCCUCAAUUACUGCCUGUAAUUAUAUUAGUAAAGAAACCUUUACAAAUACCUGGAAGAUGCCAGGUUGGAGAUGAAUAAAGUUGUCUUAUCUUACAAUCAUGAAAUGAAAAGUUUAUUUUUGAAUGGGAUUGCGGUUUUAAUAAGUUUGUGGGUGAGACCAAAUUUGAACUGGGCACUUCUUGUUAUAUAUUUCAGCCACCAUUGCUAUCAGAAGGCCUUAAUAUUCUGCUUUUAACCCAUGGUGUUUAACAUUGUGAUGUAUAAAUGUUAAUGAACACAGAAGUAGCAUUUGUAAAUAAUGUUGGCAUAAGGAAGUAGUUUUCUAGCACAGUACUUAUUUGAACUCCCACAUGCUUGCAAUAACCUGUGAAAAAAAUUCCUAAGUUCCUAAGUAAACAAAAUAGGUUGUUCUAGGAAGUACUUCCUGUUGCUUAUUUGUUUAUCUCAUAAUUAUCAGUUACAUUUGAUGGACUGUUUUCUUAUUCUCUUAUUUUUUUAUUUUUUAAAUCCCCUUUUAUUUGAUAUAUGCACAGUUAUGUAAAAAAAAUCAGAGACUGAGAGGUACAACCAAUGAAUCGGUUAGUUUAAAAUUGUCCCCUAAUU